GAUUUACUUUAUUAUACAGGAUAAAAUACCAGCCAAACGACCAGCACAAACUAAUAGUGAUACAUAUCACAUGACAGGCUAUCUAUCAGUCAGUUUAUCGGCAGCCUGUUGCAAUAGCGGCUGGGCACUUUCUCUCCAGUGGUAGGCGUGGCAAUGGGCGUGGCUUGUCCUGAGUUGAUGGGUGUGGCAGUGUACACCCCUCCCUCCCCCACAGGGACAGGCGGGGGCCGAAAUUCCCUGGUGUGAGGGGAACUAUGACGAGCAAUGUCUUGUUCGGGGCCAAGGGAGGAAGUGGGUGUGGCAGAGUCAGCGGGGUGGGCAGAGUCAGAGGCGGAGUCAAGGAGACCAGACUGAGUGAAGUGGAGUAAGUCUCUGAGGUGUUUGUUCUCACACUCCAACUGAGUUAUGUACUCCACCGUCUUCUGGGACGACGUGUCUUCCUCCUGCAUCGUCAUGGAAACCACAGCUGCCAUGUGGUACAGCUGGUCUGUUCGAUGUAGGAGUUCCUAAUGAUAGAGAGAUCAGAUGUCAAAACCAUGGCAACGCCACCACCUUACCUCUGCCGUCGUGAAACAUGACAGUUCCACUCUCUCUCACACACUCUCUCUAUCUCCAAAAACUCUCUCUGUCACCAAAAUGAUUUUGGUGGACUUUUGCGUCAAGUCAAAAAUGGUCAAUUGUUCAGAACUACAGCUUCGAUAUAUCAGUGAAGCAUGAGGGAUAUGGGCACUUGAACGUUCCACAAUCGUAAUAGGCAAAUAUAGACACUAAGGACAAACUUUUCUGAAACUAGAUAAGUGCUCAGAUUUCUGUGUACUCAAUAGCUGCACUAAACUGAAUAUAUUAUGUGGUGGGAUUAAAAUUGCCGCCUCACCUGCUGUCUGUAUUUGGUCAUUAUCAUCUCAAUUGCUGCCUGGUGCUCUUCUAAUAGAACACGGAGCUCCCCGUUCUCCGCCUGAAGCUGUUUGAUGUACUUAAACUCAAUGUUGGGCAUCUGGACAUGGCUUUCCUCGGCCGACGGCACGACUUCUCGCCACUAAAGAGGAAAAGAAAGAGAGAGAAGGACAGGUAUGUAAGUCGGCACCAAGUGAGAGAACCUCACUUGUCUCAUGGACCGUAGCUCUUCCCUCAGUUCCUCGCACUGUCUCAGCAGCUCCCCAGCCGCCGUCUCGUUCUGGUGAACUUUCUCUUUCAGUUCUCGCGACACGCUCAAAAGCCGCUCCAUCUUCUUGUGUGUGUGUGGAGUGGUAGUCUAU